AGGUUCCCGUGAUGGAUGUGGGGCCACUCAGCUGCCAGAAGGAUGGUGCCGCUGUGUCCCCAGGGGCCCAUGGGGGGAUUGGGCACCUGGUCUGCCAGUCCGGCUUCAGGGAGUGUCUCCCCAGGUGCCCGCCCUGUGGGCUGGUGUCUGGGACCAGCUCUUGUCCUGGCUGAGCCCCUGGUGCGGGGCCCUGCAGUGCCCCAGCUGAGUCUGGAGAUGGACGUGUUCGGGGGGGCCCCCCGGUUCCUUGCCUACCCCCGCACUUUCACAGUGCAGAGUGGUGCUGAUGCCAUCCUGAAGUGCCAGAUCGCGGGUGACCCACGCCCCAGCAUCAUCUGGGAGAAGGACAAAUCCCCAAUCACGCUGCUGGGCCGCUUCCAGGUUGAGGCCGAGGGGAACGUGUACAGCCUGUCGAUUUCCCAGGUGACCCCAGCGGACAGCGGGCAGUAUGUCUGCAAGGCCAAGAAUGCCAUCGGGGAGACCUACGCUGCUGCCACACUCAGGGUGGAGGCAGGGGAACUGCAGCAGGAGGGAGACCCUGAGGAUGUGCCCCCCGUCUUUCUGAGCAAGCCUCUGUCCUGGAAGGUCUGCAGGGGGGAGGAUGUGAUGUUCACCUGCAGGGUCUCGGGGCAGCCUUGCCCUGUGCUGCAGUGGAAGAAGGAUGGCCGCCAGUUGUCGGAUCUCUUUGAGAGCAGCCAUUUCUCUGUGGGGAAGGAGCCAGAAGACUGGCAUUUCUUGAAGAUCUUCAGCGCCCGGCCCCCGGACGGAGGGGUCUAUGUGUGCAGGGCGCGGAACCGCUCAGGGGAGGCCCUGGCAGCAGCUGUGCUCCUGGUCGACCCCAUGGCUCGUGGGCUGGCAGACUGCUGGCCCCUGAGCCAUUUCAGUAAGCAGCCGGAUCAGCACGGUGACAGGAGACCCUGCCAUGGGCAGCGCGCCACACCCUGGACGGCCCGGCCCAAUGGUGAGGUGGCGCCCGGCGCAUCCAAAGCCAAGGCGUUUGCUGUGAGCGAGGGGAAGCACGCCAAGUUCCGCUGCUACGUGACGGGCAAGCCGAAGCCCGAGAUUGUGUGGAAGAAGGACGGGAAGGUUGUUGAACCAGACAGGAGGCACCUGGUCUAUGAGGACAGGGAAGGCUACUUCAUCCUAAAAGUGCUGUACUGCAAGGCCCCAGACCAGGGGCUGUAUGUCUGCACCGCCUCCAACACAGCUGGCCAGACCCUCAGUGCUGUGCAGCUCCAUGUGAGAGAGCCCCGGGUGCGGUUCCAGGUGCAGCUGGAGGAUGUGGAGGUGCAGGAAUGUGAGGAUGCUGUGCUGGAGUGCAAGGUGCCCUUGGAGACCAUCCCCACCGCCUGGUACCUGGAGGACAAGCAGCUGCAGCCAAGCCACAAGUACAUGAUUGAGGAGCAGGGCCUGGUGCGACGCCUGACCAUCCGCGACGCCCGCGCUGACGACGACGGCAUCUACCUCUGUGAGAUGAAGGACAAAGGGCGCAGCAUUGCUGAGGUCUCCGUCAGAGGGGCGAUCGUGAAGCGGCUCCCGCGGAAGCUGGACGUCAUGGAGGGGGAGAAUGCUGCCUUCUGUGUGGAGACCCGGGACGCCAUGGAGGGAAUCCGCUGGAGCCGGAAUGGGCUGGAGCUGCGGGAGACACCAUGCACUGUGCUGAAGAGCUUCGGCAAAACCCACCUGCUGGUCCUGGUACAUGUGACGCGGGAGGAUGCUGGGGUCAUCUCCUUCAGCGUGGGGGAGUCGCAGACGUCAGCCCAGCUUCGCAUCAAAUGUGCAAAGCGUGUUCCCCCGAGCGCGCCUGUGGCUGCCGAGAUGAGCACGGACCGCAGCAAUGCUGCCCUCCUGACGUGGUGCCCCGGGCCUGAUGCGCACAGGACCCCCCCCAGCAGCUACGUCCUGGAGCGGCAGGAGGCCAGCACGGCUGAGUGGGUGCAGUGCCUUACCACGGACCUGGCCAGCAUGGUGGAGGUGCUCGGGGAUAGCGUGCCUGCCGAGGCAGACUACUGCUUCCGCAUCUGUGCCGUCAACAAGUAUGGGCGGAGCAGGCCCGUGGAAUUUCCUGGCUCUGUGCACCUUGUCCCUGUAGCCUGUGUGCGGAGAGCCCUGAAGGACGUGCAGGUGCAGGCGGGCCAGGAUGCCCAGUUCUCCCUGGAGCUCUCGGCCUCCGUGGCGGGGAGCUGGUUCCUGAACGGGGCGAAGCUGAAGGAGGAAGAGGAAGGCCAGCGCUGUUGCAUAAAGCGCAGCGGGAUGGAGCACUCCCUGCUGCUCCGCAGUGUGCCGCUGGCGGAGAGCGGGGCCGAGGUCACCUUUGUGUCCAGUGGCGUGCGGGACUCCGCCACUCUGCAGGUGCAAGCCCUGCAGGUGCGCAUCGCCCCAGUGCCCGAGGCCCAGCGCCUUCGGGAGCUCCUGGCAGGGCUGCCGCUGCUCCUGGAGUGCGACGUCUCCACGCCCGAUGCCCCUGUGCGCUGGCUCAAGGACGGGGAGACUGUGCCCUCGGACGACGUCGUCGCCCUGCAGGCAGAGGGCUGCGCCAGGAGGCUGUUUAUCCGCUCUGCCCGCCCCUCAGACUCCGGGACGUACACGUGUGACGCGGGCGAGGAUGCACUGAGCUUCACCGUGACCGUGAGCGAGCCGCCCGUGAGGAUCGUCAGCUCUAACGAGGACGCCGCGCACACCUAUCUGGCCUCGGAGCGCAUGGUGCUGGCGUGCGAGCUGUCCCGUGCCGAUGCCCCGGUGCAGUGGUACAAGGACGGGGUGGAGGUGGAGGAGGGCGAGCACCUGCUUCUAGAGCGCGAGGGGCCCCAUCGCAGGCUCGUCAUCCCCUCGGCCCAUCCGCAGGACACGGGGGAGUUUGUGUGUGACGCGGGCUGCGACUCCGUCUUCUACAACAUCACAGUGACAGAGCCGCCCGUGAGGAUCGUCAGCUCUAAUGAGGACGCCGCACACAUCUACCUGGCCUCGGAGCGCGUGGUGCUGGCGUGCGAGCUGUCCCAUGCCGACGGCCCAGUGCAGUGGUACAAGGAUGGGGUGGAGGUGGAGGAGGGCAAGCACCUGCUUCUGGAGUGUGAGGGGCCCCAUCGCAGGCUCGUCAUCCCCUUGGCCCAUCCGCAGGACACGGGGGAGUUUGUGUGCAACGCGGGUGGAGACUCCGUCUUCUACAACAUCACAGUGACAGGUGGGUCAGCAGGGCUCCCCCACUACCCCAGCUGGCAGGUCGGUAACACCCCUGGUUCCCUGGCAGGUGGGUCAGCAGGACUCCCCCUUUACCCCAGCUGGCAGGUCAGUGACACCCCUGGUUCCCUGGCAGGUGGGUCAGCAGGGCUCCCCCUUUACCCCAGCUGGCAGGUCUGUGACACCCCUGGUUCCUUGGCAGGUGGGUCAGCAGGGCUUCCCCACUACCCCAGCUGGCAGGUUGGUGACACCCCUGGUCCCUGGCAGGUGGGUCAGCAGGGCUCCCCCACUACCCCAGCUGACAGGUCAGUGACACCCCUGGUCCCUGGCAGGUGGGUCAGCAGGGCUCCCCCGUUACCCCAGCUGGCAGGGUUCCCUGAUGGCAGGGCCGGCUCCAGGCACCAGCCGAGAAAGCUCGUGCUUGGGGUGGCAGAUUCUAAGGGGCGGCUUCUGUCCAAUCCUAGGGUGGCACGGCCACUUUUUUUUUUUGUUCACUGCUCUGGCCGCCCUGUAGUGGGUGGUGGCGCGGAGGAGGGAGCGCCCUGCUGGGAGCAGGCUGCGCGCUCCGUCUGCCCCAGCCGGUGCCAGGUCUGCAGCAAGCCCGGCAGGGCAGCCAGCGUCCUUCCCUCCCUGCUGCCCGGAGCGGCGCGGAGCCCUCCUGGCAGGCAGCGCGGCGGGAGGGGCCGAGUGGUGAGCGCCCUGGAUGAAGGAAGCCCUGGCCGCCCCCUUUCUCUCUCUCCCCCCUCACUCCCUCCCUCUCCCCCCGGGAGUGACCCAGCCGGCAGCCUCUCUGCUGAGCCCGUCCUGUCUCCCUGCCCAGAGCCGCCCGUGAGGAUCAUCAGCUCUAACGAGGAUGCCGCGCACACCUACCUGGCCUCGGAGCGCGUGGUGCUGGCGUGCGAGCUGUCCCGUGCCGACGCCCCAGUGCAGUGGUACAAGGACGGGGCGGAGAUGGAGGAGGAUGAGCACCUGCUUCUGGAGCGCGAGGGGCCCCAUCGCAGGCUCGUCAUCCCCUCGGCCCAUCCGCAGGACACGGGGGAGUUUGUGUGCGACGCAGGCGGCGACUCCGUCUUCUACAACAUCACGGUGACAGCCCCACAGGUGCGCAUCGCCCCGGUGCCCGAGGCCAGGUGCCUCCAGGAGCUCGUGGCAGGGCUGCCGCUGCUCCUGGAGUGCGAGGUCUCCCCGCCCGAUGCCCCUGUGCGCUGGCUCAAGGACGGGGAGACUGUGCCCUCGGACGACGUCGUCGCCCUGCAGGCAGAGGGCUGUGCCAGGAGGCUGUUUAUCCGCUCUGCCCGCCCCUCAGACUCCGGGACGUACACGUGUGACGUGGGCGAGGAUGCACUGAGCUUCACCGUGACCGUGAGCAAGCCGCCUGUGAGGAUCGUCAGCUCUAACGAGAACACCGUGCACACCUACCUGGCCUCGGAGCGUGUGGUGCUGGUGUGCGAGCUGUCCCGUGCCGACGCCCCAGUGCAGUGGUACAAGGACGGGGUGGAGGUGGAGGAGGACGAGCACCUGCUUCUGGAGCGUGAGGGGCCCCAUUGCAGGCUCGUCAUCCCCUCGGCCCAUCCGCAGGACACGGGGGAGUUUGUGUGUGACGCGGGCGGCGACUCCGUCUUCUACAACAUCACAGUGACAGAGCCCCCAGUGAGGAUCCUGUGCCCCCAGGAGCGCUCCCUGGAGCUGCGGGCUCUGGCGCUGCAGCGCCUGGAGCUGAGGUGUGAGCUGUCUAGAGCAGACGCCCAGGUGCGCUGGUUCAAGGACGGGCUGGAGGUGGAUGAGACAGAGAACUUGCUGCUGCGGGCAGAGGGGUCCCAGCGCUGGCUGAUUGUCCCGCAGGCCCGGGCUGAGGAUGCCGGCGAGUACAUCUGUGAGACAAGGGACGAGUCCGUCUCCUUUGACAUCAGGGUGUCAGAGCCCCCGGUGAAGAUCCUGCAGCCGUGGCGAGCUCCCCCCACCCUGAAGGCUGUCGUGGGGGAGACGGUGACUUUGGCCUGCGAGCUCUCGCGCGGGAACGUGCCGGUGCAGUGGGUUAAGAAUGGCACCAGGCUGGAAGCUGGCGGCAGCCUGAUCCUGGAGGAGGAGGGUGCCCAUCGGCGGCUGGUCAUCCCUGCGGCUGGAGUGGAGCAUUCUGGGAAGUAUGUCUGCGAUGCGACUGAUGACAGCAGGACGUUUACUGUCCAAGUGUGUGACCCUCCCGUGACGAUCCUGGGGCGGAGUGAGCUGCAGACCCACCGCCGCUGCCUGGCCACAGAGGACCUGGUGCUGGAGGUGACGCUCUCCCAUGCCCACGGAGAGGUGAAGUGGUACAAGGAUGGUGAGAAGUUGCAGGACAUGGGGCGCGUGCGUCUGGAGGAAGAUGGGGCGCGGCGCGCACUGGUCAUUCUGGGCAUGGAGAGCAAGGAUGCGGGGGAGUAUCUGUGUGACAGCCAUGAUGACAGCCUCAUCUUCUGUGUCGCCGUGGAAGAUCCCCCUGUUUGCAUUGUGAGGAGCAAGGGGGUCCGGGAGCAGCAGUGCCUGGCGGCCGGCGAUGACUUGGUGGUGGCCUGUGAGGUGUCUCGGCCCAGCGCUGCCGUCCGCUGGCUCAGGGAUGGCCAGGAGCUGGUGGCCAGCGAACGAGUCCGGAUUGAGGACCGGGGAGCUCUCAGGCAGCUGACCAUCCUCAGGGUCCGGCCCAAUGACUCUGGCUCCUAUGUUUGUGACGCUGUUGGUGACCGAAUGGUGACGACCGUGGAGGUGGCAGCCCCCCCCGUUCGCGUUGUGAAUAAGGAGGAGGCCAAGAUGCCCGUGGAGGUCCUGGAAGGGGAGAGCGUCACGCUGGUUGCCCGGCUCUCCCAGGAACAGGCUCCUGUCCAAUGGCUGAAGAACAAGCGGGUGCUGCGUUCCGGGGCACGGCUCUUCCUGGGCACCAAGGGGCCCUCGCACAGCCUCACCAUCAAGCAGACGGAGCUGGGUGACAGCGGCACCUUCAGCUGUGACACUGGGGACGAUGAGGUGCACUUCACCCUGCGAGUGAGAGAGGCUCCAGUGGUGUUUGUGAACAAGCAGGAGAAGCCGGAGAAGGUGCUGGUGCUGGAGGGGGGCAGUGCCGUGCUCUCAGCCAUUGUCUCCAAGGAACAGGCUGGAGUGAGCUGGAGGGGGCCCCAGCAGCCCCUGGCAGCAGGGCAGCGCUGCGAGCUGCGACGAGAGGGCCGGGUGCACAGCCUGGUGCUGAGCAACGUGGGCAAGGACGACGCCGGCCUCUACACCUGCCUCUCCCGCCAUGACCAGAUGCAGUUUGAAGUGAGCGUGAAAGAGCUGCUGGUGAAAUUUGUGCGAGGCUUGUCGGACGUGCAGGCGCACAUGGGUGAGACGGUGCUGCUGUGGUGCGAGCUGUGCAAAGCCAAGGGGCAGGUGCUGUGGCUGAAGGAUGGGCAGGAGUUGGAGCCCAGCGGCAGGUGGGAGAUCAAAGCAGAGGGGCGGGAGCGGUCCCUGGCGCUGAGCAAUGUGGGGCCUGAGGAUGCUGGCGAGUACUCCUGUGAGUCCAAGGAUGACCGGACGCUGGCCACGGUGACUGUGCAGGUGCCCAGGGUGGUUGAGAUCAUCUCGGAGCUGCACAACUUGACGGUGCUGGAGGGGGAUGACGCCACAUUCAAGUGCCUGGUGUCCCCGGAUAACGUGGCCCUGAUGUGGCAGCUGAACGGCCAGGCUGUCGCCUCCUGCGAGCGGCUGGUGGUGAGCAGGAACGGGCUGUGCCAUGCCCUGACCAUCCGGCAGUGCCAGCUGGGAGACGCAGGCACCGUCACAGCCUGCGCUGAGGGCCUGGUGAGCACAGCCCGGCUGAGCGUGCAAGAGGCCCAGGUGCUGUUUGUGCGGAAGCUGCAGGACGUGGUGGCCGAGGAGCUGCAGGACGUGGUGCUGGAGGUGGAGCUGAGCCGUGAGGCGGGCGAGGUGCAGUGGCUGAAGCAGGGGGUGCUCAUCCAGCCAGGCAGCAAGUACCAGCUGCAGGAGGCCGGGCGCAAACGGAGCCUGACCAUUCGCAGCCUCAGCCCCUCGGACCGUGGCACCUACCGCUGCGAGAGCCUCCACGACCGGACGCAGGCCAAGCUGAGCGUGGAGCCCCGAAAGGUGUCUGUGCGGAAGCCACUGUCGGACGUGGAGACCUUUGAGAAGGAGACAGCCACGUUCCAGCUGGAGCUGUCCCAUGCCGACGUGCCCGGAGUGUGGACGCGGGAUGGCAUCCGGGUGAAACCCAGCCGGACCUGCCGAGUCAGCGCCACGGGCUGUGUGCACAGCCUGACGCUGCUGGGGCUGAUGCUGGAGGAUUCGGGCACCGUCACCUUCACUGCUGACACCCUGCGUUCCAGCGCCCGCCUGACAGUCAGAGAGCCGCCAGUUGCCAUGGUGAAGGCCCCCCGGGACGUGGGUGUCCCUGAGACAGGGGCUGCCAGCUUCGAGUGCGAACUGUCCCGCCCUAUUGCAGAGGUGAAGUGGUACAAGGAUGGGGUGGCGCUCCGAGCGGGGCCCAAGUGCCGCAUCUACUCAGUGGGCCGCCGGCGCCUGCUGCAGCUCAGCCACUGCAGCCUGGACGAUGCAGGGGAGUACACAUGCGACGCAGGCGACUGCCGGGCCUCCGCCACGCUGCGGGUCUACGAGCGCCAGGUGCAGAUCGUGCAGGAGCUGGCGGACGUGCGUGUGCGUGAGAACGAGAACGCCGUCUUCACCUGCCAAGUCUCGCACGAGGACGUGAAGGGCGAGUGGUUCAGGGAUGGCGAGAAAAUCAAAGUCACCAGCACUGUGAAAAUUCGGCAAGAGGGCCCCAGGCACUUCCUGCUCAUCUGCAACGUGCGCCCGGAGGACGCGGGAUGCAUCCGGUUCGUUGCCAAGGCAGCUGCCUCCGAAGCCAGCCUGCAGGUGGAGGCACUCCCUAUCCGGAUCAUAAAGCCGCUGCGUGACAAGACGGCGCUGGCGCAGCACAAGGCCACGCUGGAGUGCACCGUGUCGCAGGCACGCGGCCGUGUGCGCUGGUUCCGCGGCGACACCGAGAUCUUCGCCAGCGACAAGUACGAGAUCUGCAACCUUGACUGCUAUCGCACCCUCAUCAUCCACCGCGUGGGGCCGGAGGACGAGGCCUCCUACACCUGCGAUGCCUUUGAUGACCGCUCCACCGCCCGCCUGCUGGUGGAGGGGCAUUAGGUGCUGAUGUCGGAUGAGCCCAAUCAGAUGGGUCCUGGCUGGCUGCAGCAGGGGCUGCCCACUAAACAUGUCCUGCGCCCCCCCCGACGCCCCGAGCAGGGCAGUGCCUGGGGCAAGCAGGCCUGCUGGGCCCUGGGCAGGGGGUGCUGUGGGGUGACCCCCACUCCCAAUGCGGCUGAAUCGACCUCGCAGUGGGACUCUACAUUUCCCUGCUCCUCAGUAACACAAGGGCAGGCCUCCAUUUCCGCCCUCACCCUGCACCUUGUGACAGGGGUUGGGGGGGGGCAGGGAGCAGCUGAGGGGGCCUGGCAGCCUGGGGACCAUGGAAAGGCCUUACUUCUCCCCCCCAACGCCCCAUGGGGGAUGGGCAGAAAGGACCUGGGCUGGCAAGUCUCCCGGGGUGGGGGUGCUGAGCCUCAACACGACCUGCAGGGGCUGCUCCAGCAGCUUCUGCGCACUUGGGUGGGGCAGUGCUGGGGGGUCGGGGGGCUGGGUCUUGACAGAGAAGAACUGUAGCCAAAUGGUGCCCUUGUGUGGGGGAGGGGCAGGUGUCCCCUCC